AUGGCUGAACCGUAUAACAUGUGGAUUGCAGGCCAAGAACGGCCGGGCAAAGCGGAGCUGCUCCCGGUAGAAGACCCUGCUACGGGCGAGAUCUUUGCACAAUGCCACGCCGCUAGCGCCGAGGACGUGGAUGAGACCAUCCAGCUGGCCCAUCAAGUCUUCAAGUCCGGAGCCUGGUCCAAGACCCCGCGACACGUCCGCGCCGACGUGCUGGAGAGCGCGGCGGCGCUGCUGACGGCCGGCCUCCCCGACCUCAUUGCGCUCGAGGUACGGCAGACGGGCCGGGCGGUGCGGGAAAUGAACGCACAGGUGCCGUCGCUCGUGCGCUGGUUCAAGUACUACGCGGCGCUGCUGCGCACCGAGGAGCGCGCCGUUCUCCCGACCCAGGGUAAGCUGCACAACUGGGUCGACCGCGUGCCCCUCGGCGUCGUGGUCCAGAUCACGCCCUUUAACCACCCUCUACUCAUUGCCGUCAAGAAGCUCGCCCCCGCCCUGGCCGCCGGCAACAGCGUCGUCGUCAAGCCGAGCGAGCUCACCCCGCUGACCACGCUGCUGCUCGGACGCUUGCUAAAGCAGGCGGGCCUCCCAGACGGCGUCUUCAACGUGUUGCCCGGCUAUGGAGCGACCACGGGCCGCGCGCUGGUCGAGCACCCUCUUGUGCGCAAGGUAGACGUCACUGGCGGCACGGUAGCCGGCCGGGCAAUCGGCAGCAUCGUCGGUGGUAAUCUUGCGAGGUUUACUGCCGAGCUCGGCGGCAAGGCGCCUCUGAUUGUCUUUGAGCAAGCAGAUGUCAACGUUGCUGUCAAUGGUAUCGCCUUUGGCUCCUUCAUCGCCAGCGGGCAGACCUGUGUGGCCAGCACCCGCAUUAUUGUAGACAACACGAUUCUCGGGCCGCUGCUAGAGAAGCUGACGGCAAAGGCCUCGUCUAUCGCUAGACGCAUGGGUGCACCGACGAAUCCAGAGUCAAUGAUGGGCCCCGUGAUCUCGGCGAAGCAACUCGGGAAUAUCGAAGCGCUGGUCAAGGAGGCCACUAGCAGUGGCAAUGCAAAGGCCUUGACUGGUGGCUCCAGGUUGGGUGGUCUCAGCGAGCUCGACGGGACUGAUUUCUCAAAAGGCUACUACUACCCACCGACGGUGCUCGUUUCCACCUCGGAAAAGAGCAUAUUAAAAACCCGAAUCUGGAGAGAAGAGGCAUUUGGCCCUGUAAUUGUGGUUGUUGCAUUUGACACGGAGGAUGAGGCAGUCAAGCUGGCAAAUGAUAGCGAAUUUGGCCUCGGUGCUGCAAUCUGGACAAAAGAUUUGGCCCAAGCCUAUCGGGUUUCUGAGCAAAUCGACGCUGGUAUAGUGUGGGUAAACACGCAUCAUCGCAACGAUCCGAGCAGUCCUUGGGGCGGCGGCAAGUCGUCAAGCGGUGUUGGCAGCGAGAACGGAGUGGAUGCCUACAAUGAGUACACAACCAUGAAGAGCACAAUCAUCAAUUACGCGGCACCCGAGGAGUCUCUGGCAGCGGACGACUGGUUCAAGGAGGGAGCCGGUGCAGUUCGAUAUGGAUAG